AACGGAGGACCACAGGAGAGCUUAACGCCAGGAACUCCAUCUCCCCUUCUCCACAGGAAGGGGUCAGCCCCCCAAAAGUAGCUGGAACAUCCCCCCAUCCCCAGCGGGGUUGAGAGAGGAGAUCCCAGAAAGCCCUGGCCAUCGCUGAACUGGAGGGAGCGCUUUUCCCAGGGAAGCCGGGAUCCCCGGCGGACAAGGAGGGCAAGACGCAGGCCAAACCCCGGCUCGGGGCCGGGGGUGGACUUGAAGAGACGCCCGCCUGCUCAGACCUCCAGCCGCCAGAGCCCAUGCGAUCAGCCCGACCCCAGCAGGAGCCCAGGACACAGCUGAAGCUGACCAAGAGCACCUCUACCACCAUGGCCAGGAACGGCUUCUUCUUCGAGGAGACGGGGUACCUGAAGUGUGACACGGACGAUGGGUGCGAGGCCAAGGAGGGCGGCCCCGGGGAGGAGCUCUUCGACACGGUCAACUCCUCCAUCGUGUCCGGCGACAGCAUCCGCUUCUUUGUCAACGUCAACUUGGAGGUCCAGCAGAGCCUCGCAGACAGCGAAGGAUCUGGCUGUGUGCUUCUCCACACUUCCAGGAAGUACCUGAAGCUGAAGAACUUCGAGGAGGAGAUCCGGGCGCACCGGGACCUGGACGGCUUCCUGGCCCGGGCCAGCAUCCUCCUGGACGAGACGGCCACGUCCCUGGACGACGUCCUGCGCAAGAUGCUCAGGCACUUCGCCGAGGACGCCGACAGCGCCGAGCCCAACUGCAACUUCGACAAGAUCAUGAGCACCCUGUUCACCGACUCUGGCACCCCCCGCGAGGGCAACGUCCACCUUCUCUCGGACACUAUCCAGGGGGUAACGGCCACGGUGACGGGAGUCCAGUACCAGCAGUCCUGGCUCUGCAUCAUCUGCACCAUCAAGACCCUGCAAAGGCGCCACGUGUGUAUCAGCCGCCUGGAGCGGCCUCAGAACUGGGGAGAGAACUCCUGUGAGGUGCGCUUCGUCAUCCUCGUGCUGGCACCGCCCAAGAUGAAGAGCACGAAGACGGCCACGGAGGUGGGGCGGACCUUCGCCACGAUGUUUUCCGACAUCACCUUCCGCCUGAAGCUGCUGGAGACCAAGACGGAGGAGGAGUUCAAGGAAGCCCUGGUGCACCAGCGGCAUUUGCUGACCGUGGUCAAUCAACCCCUGCCGGCUGGCCUCAGCGAGACCCUCAAGGAGCCCGGCCACAAGCCCCUCCGGCUGAACGACUUCUUCCGGGUCGGGAAGGGCAUCCUGGACGACAUUGCCCGGCGAUUCCCAGUGUACGCGCUGGACUUCACCGAUGGCAUAAUCGGAAGCAACAAGGCGGUGGGGAAGUACAUCACCACCAUGAUCUUCCUGUACUUCGCCUGCCUGUUGCCUACCAUCGCCUUUGGCUCCCUCAACGACGAGAACACACACGGUGCCAUCGAUGUGCAGAAGACUAUCGUGGGCCAGUGCAUUGGUGGGCUGUUGUACGCCUUGUUCUCUGGGCAGCCCCUGGUCGUGCUCCUGACCACCGCCCCCCUGGCGCUCUACAUCAACGUGAUCCGGGGCAUCUGCGAUGACUACAGCCUGGACUUCCACGCCUUCUACGCUUGGACGGGGCUGUGGAACAGCUUCUUCCUUGCCCUCUACGCCCUCUUCAACUUUAGCCUGGUCAUGAAGCUCUUCAAGAGAUCCACGGAGGAGAUCAUCGCCCUAUUCAUCUCUAUCACCUUUGUGCUCGACGCCGUCAAGGGGAUCAUCAAAAUUUUCAGGAAAUACUACUACGGCGAGCCCGUGGGCGGCCACCCCCAUCCGACAGAAGCAUCCCGCGGCCUCCUCGGCCUCAACACUACACUCCUGGUGAACUCGUCGGUCGGUGGCUCGCUGUGCCCUCAGAACCAGACCGGUGGGCACGAGCUGGCGCACUACGGGAGGGAAACAGCCGUGCUGAGCCUCAUGCUAAUGUUGGGGACCCUCUGGCUGGGCCACACCCUCUACCAGUUCAAGAAGAGCCCCUACCUGCACGCCCACGUCCGGGAGAUCCUGUCCGACUGCGCGCUGCCCAUCUCGGUGCUCACCUUCUCCCUCGUGGGCUCCUAUUUCUUCCGGGAGAUAGAGAUGUCCAAAUUCAGCUACAACCCCAGCGAGAGCCUGUUCGAGCUGGCGCCGGUUCACCUGCUGUCCACCGGUGCGGCCCUGAGCGCCAUGGGCCUGGGCUUUUUGCUGUCCAUGCUCUUCUUCAUCGAGCAGAACAUCGUGGCGUCACUGGCCAACGCCCCCGAGAACAGGUUGGUGAAGGGCACAGCCUACCACUGGGACCUGCUGCUGGUGGCCCUGAUCAACACGGGGCUGUCUCUGUUCGGUCUACCCUGGAUCCACGCCGCCUACCCACACUCCCCCAUGCACGUCCGAGCCCUGGCCUUCGUGGAGGAGCGCGUGGAGAACGGGCACAUCUAUGAGACGAUCGUGAGUGUGAAGGAGACUCGACUGACCACGCUGGUGGCCAAUAUCCUGGUGGGGUUGUCCCUCCUGCUGCUGCCCUUCCCGCUGCAGUGGAUCCCAAAGCCCGUGCUCUACGGCCUGUUCCUCUACAUCGCCCUCACCUCCAUCGACGGCAACCAGCUGUUCGAGCGGGUCGCCCUCCUGCUCAAGGAACAGACGGCCUACCCCCCGACCCAUUACAUCCGGCGGGUACCGCAGCGGACAAUCCACUACUUCACCGGGCUUCAGGUGCUCCAGCUGCUGCUCCUCUGUGCGUUCGGCAUGUCUCCUCUGCCCUACAUGAAGAUGAUCUUCCCCCUCAUCAUGAUCGCCAUGAUCCCCAUCAGGUACAACCUGCUGCCCAGAAUCAUCGAAGCCAAGUACCUAGAUGCCAUGGACGCAGAGCACUAGGCGUGAACAUGUGCCGGCCCAGCUUAGCAGUACCCUGGCCUCCCUGCCCCCCAGGCUCUUCCUGCCUCCAGCUUGGGCGUGACACCUUGGAGAGUUGUGGGCACUACCUGCCGGGGAAGCCCGGCCCUGACUGGCCCCGGCAGGCCCCUGGGAUUCCACCGGACCCCCAGACCCUCAAAGACCCAGGCUUCUGAACCCCCAGUGAUCUGGCCAUCAGGCCACCCACGCCUCCGGCCAUACCCGUUGUCAACCCGGAGCGGCCUGGGCUGCUUGGGGGCUGGAUCCCGGAUUUCUCCCCUUCCACUGCCACCCUCCUUCCCCAGUACCAAAGCCAGGGUCCCAUUAGUCCCCUAGAGCAGGUGUGAGAUGAAGGUCACCCCGAAUUGUUUCAGUCCCAUGCCCAGCGGGACAGCCUCCCCCAUAACUCCGGCCAGGAAUCAGGCUUCCCUAGUUUGGGCAGUCACGGCCACACCGGUCAGGCUCCAACCACGCCAAGGCUAGCACAUAUCUGGUACCGGGGUCACAGAUGAACAGACAGACCCGGGUGUGUGCCAGCGUGGGCCAGCCUGCUGGAGAGAGCCCUGGCCCUCUGCCCCCAGAGAUCUGUGCCCUGCUGAGGAUCUGGGGUUCUCCUCUCACCCCUCUGUCCGCCUUCAGUCUCCAGCUCUGGGCCCUCCUACCUGUCGGGUUGGUCCCCUCCUUGGGGUCCUCUCUGCCCGGUCACUGCCUAUGAGGGAGGCACUUCCCGUACCCCUAGACCAAGCAUCCUCUGCCUUAGCCAGGAACGGGUUUAGGGUGGGAAGUGCCAGUGCCCACAGCAGGGGGGUGGGGAGGAUUUCCUCUCCUCUGACAGGAUCAGAUUCCACACUCGCCCAGCUUCGGGAAGACUUAGUCCGUUUACUGUCUGUCCCUUGGGGAGAGGGCAGAUUGGGAGUUGCUGACAGUGCCCCCCACCCACUCACCCAGGUAUUUUGUAGAGUGGAGGGAGAGGCCUCAGGGGUUGAAUAUGGCUGUGUUAUGGAUGUCCCCUCUCAGGGGCUACAGCUUGCGGGGUUGGGGGGGGUUCUCCAGGGGCUGCAGCCCCUCCCCAGCUGAUGCUUUGAAUUCUGGGGAUCAUCCCAGCGGGGAAGAGAAGACAGGCAGGCAGGGUAGGGUCCAACAAAGCCUAGGAAUGGUGGUGAGGGGGGUGGAGCAGGGGCUAAAAGGGAGGGAGAGUCACUGAAGCCAGGACUAAGUUGUGUGUGUGUGUGUGUGUG